AUGAGGAAUUACCCACCCAGUAAGAGCCCAUACUGGAAAAGCCUGAGCUGGACCGUCCUCGGAUACGACUAUCCUCCCCAGUGUUACAGGGACUUGCGGAAUUGCCCUCCCAAGCUGGCCCGUCCUCUGAUACAGCUAACCUCCCCAGUGCUACCGCAGCAUAAAGAAUUACCCAUCCAGCAAGAGCCCAUACUGAGGACGCAAGAGCUGGCCCGUCAUCUGAUACAGCUAACCUCCCAAGUGUUACAGGGACAUAAGGAAUUGCCCAACCAGCAAGAGCCCAUACUGAAAAAGCCUGAGCUGGCUUUCCCUCAAAUACAGCUAACCUCCCCAGUAUUACCAAGGCAUGAGGAAUUGCCCACCCAGCAAGAGCCCAUACUGAAGAAGAAAGAAAUGGCCCGUCCUCGGCAAGAGCCCAUACUGAACAAGCAAGAGCUCGCCCGUCCUCGAAUACAGCUUAACUCCACAGUGUUACCGUGGCAUGAGGAAUUGCCCACGCAGGAAGAGCCCAUACUGAUAAAUUCAGAGCUGGCCCGUCCUCUGAUACAGCUAACCUCCCCAGUGCUACCGCAGCAUAAAGAAUUACCCAUCCAGCAAGAGCCCAUACUGAGGACGCAAGAGCUGGCCCGUCAUCUGAUACAGCUAACCUCCCAAGUGUUACAGGGACAUAAGGAAUUGCCCAACCAGCAAGAGCCCAUACUGAAAAAGCCUGAGCUGGCUUUCCCUCAAAUACAGCUAACCUCCCCAGUAUUACCAAGGCAUGAGGAAUUGCCCACCCAGCAAGAGCCCAUACUGAAGAAGAAAGAAAUGGCCCGUCCUCGGGUACAGCUAAACUCCCCAGACGUUGCGAACAAUUAA